GAAGAUGGAGCGCGUAGUGCGUGUCCAUCGAUUCUGAACAACAACACAAACAAAUCCAUCCUGAUCAUCUUAAAGCCAUGCUUCCGCAGGAGAUCAGGAAGCAGAAGCCCCGCUGUGUGUCGGAACCAAUUUUUUGUGGGCAAGAUGUUCCCCCGGUGCCGAUUCGGCGCUUGAAGAACCGGGAGUUCCCUCUGAGCGCGAGGCGGCGCCGCUACGGUUCCGCACCUGAACGGAAGGUGAACUGCGUCCUGGUUGGAGACGGAGCUGUGGGAAAGACCAGCCUCAUCGUCAGCUACACCACCAACGGAUACCCCACCGAAUAUGUUCCCACAGCGUUUGACAACUUUACCGUGAUGGUGGUGGUUGAUGGAAAACCAGUGAGACUGCAGCUCUGGGACACAGCUGGACACGAUGAGCUGGAUCUCCUUCGUCCUCUCUGCUACAAAAACGCGGAUGUCUUCCUCCUCGUCUACAGCGUGGUGCGGCCCUCCUCCCUCCGCAGCCUGGUGGACCGCUGGCUCCCUGAGAUCCGGCACCAGUGUCCGGACACUCCUCUAGUCCUCGUCGGCACCCAGCUGGACCUGAGGGAGGACGUGCAGGUUCUGAUCCAGCUGGCCCAGAACCAGCAGCGUCCCGUGGGCACGGAGGAGGGCCGGCAGCUGGCAGAGGAGCUGGGCAUGGUGGGAUUCAUGGAGGUCUCUGCGCUGACCCAGAAGAACCUGAAGGACCCGUUUGAUUCGGCCAUCUUGGCCAGCAUCCAGCAGACGGAGAUGGAGAGUUGCAGCGAGGAGAGGAAGAUGAAGAUCCCCCUGAGGAAGAAGACGCCGGAUAAGAUGAAGAGUGUCUGGGAGACCUGGUGGAGGAAGAUCAACUGUGUGAUGGUGGAGCAGAGCUGUGAGGACAAGUAAAAGUUAUUGAAAACCUGUUGAAUUCGGAAUGAAAAUGUCAAAAUACACAUUUCAGGUGUUUUAUUUGACUACUUUUUACUAUUUGCAUCUGGAUAUUUCUCCAAAACUCUCCAAAACAUGGCAGAAUAAUCAUUGGCACAUUGAAACAUACAAGAAAAAGUUUCAUUAUGAUCUAAUUAAUGAUCAACUGUGAGAUCAAGUGAACAUUUAACGUGUUUAUUUUUACUCAGUUCAUCGGAAAACUGAUACAUUAGUUUUCUUCUUCGUGAUGGCAGAAGGUGGAAAGAAAAUAUCCAAAGGAAACAUUGAAGGUGUUUUAUUUGACUAGUAACGUCUAUUUGCAUCCGGACAUUUCUCCAAAACUCACCAAAACAAGGCAGAAUUGAUCAUUUGCACAUCGAAACUUACAAGAAAAAGUUUCAUGACGAUCUAAUUAAUGAUCAACCAGAAGAACCUGAAGGAUCUUGGCCAGCAUCCAGCAGGCGGGGGUGGAGAGUUGCAGCGAGGAGAGGAAGAGGAAGAGGAAGAUCCCCCUGAGGAAGAAGACGCCGGAUAAGAUGAAGAGUGUCUGGGAGACCUGGUGGAGGAAGAUCAACUUCUGGAAGGUGUGAGAUCAAGUGAACGUUAUUGAAAGCCUGGGUCAGAUCAUCGAAAAACUGUUGAAUUUGGAAUGAAAAUGUCAAAAUACACAUUUCAGGUGUUUUAUUUGACUACUUUCGUCUAUUUGCAUCUGGAUAUUUCUCCAAAACUCAAUGAUUGCAUAAUUUGCACAUUUCAAAAACAUUUCCAUGAUGGUAUCUAGUUGGGAAUGUUUCUAUCCUGUCCACCUGUAGUGUCUUGUGCAAUAUGUAUGGAAUACAUUUUUUUAAAGGUCAUUUUCUAAAAAUAAUCUUUAUUUAUCAUUUAUUUUGACAGAAAUCUCCAACUUUUUAAGUUUCAUCCUUAUCUUUAUUCUACAAUUUCUUCACAGAGAGUUUAUAUUUCAUUGAUCUCCAGAUUUUGAGAACAUGUUACAAAUAGAAACAUGACGACAAUUAAUAAUAGAUGUCUGUUUUU